GUUGCUAUAAAGAUAAUCGACAAGACGCAGCUAGAUGAGGACAACCUGAAGAAGAUCUUUCGCGAGAUACAGAUAAUGAAACUACUCGGUCAUCCGCACAUCGUCAGACUUUACCAGGUCAUGGAAACGGAACGAAUGAUCUACCUGGUAACGGAAUACGCCAGCGGUGGGGAAAUUUUCGACCACAUAGUUGCGCACGGUCGCAUGGCAGAGAGGGAGGCUCGCAAGAAGUUCAAGCAGAUACUGGCGGCGGUCAGCUACUGCCACGGCCGACACGUCGUGCACCGAGAUCUCAAGGCCGAGAAUCUGCUGCUGGACGCCAGCCAGAAUAUCAAGAUAGCAGACUUUGGCUUCAGCAAUCACUUUGAGGUGGAUCAGAAGCUGAGCACGUGGUGUGGUUCGCCGCCCUACGCCGCACCCGAGCUCUUCAUCGGCAAGCAGUACGACGGACCCAAGGUCGACAUCUGGAGCAUGGUGUAGUGUUAUACGUGCUCGUGUGUGGAACAUUGCCAUUCGAU